ACUCAUAAUGUUAUCAAUAAUAAGCGGCCAUCUUUUUGUAGGAAGCAAAUAUCAACAUUAUUUUGUGAUAAUAUUGUUUUGAUAUUUAUUAGUUGUUUAUUCUGUGUUAUAACGGUAGACUUUUUGAGUUUGGAGUAUUUGGUCUCGAGAUUUAAAAGCAAUUCAUUUAUCCAGCUUAACUAUUGUCACAGAAUAAAUUGUAUUGGCUAUCAUGGUGCUCGUAUGUGUUGUUAAAAAUUGCAGAAAUGCCAAAAGUACAACAAAGGAAAAAAAUUGAAACCUUUUUAGAAUACCCAAAGAUUUGGAUCGUUAAGUCUAAAGAAUGGUUAAUUAAUUGUGGAAGGGAAGAACUCUGUUCAAAGUCUGUUGACAACCUUUAUAACAAUUAUUAUAGAGUGUGUAUGAACCAUUUUAAAGCAAAUAUGUUUUCAAACCCAGAGAAAACUCGAUUGUUGAUUAGUGCUGUGCCUACUGAGUUUGUAAUGCAUACAACCAUUACAACAACAUCUAUCUCUGUUGAUGUUUCUACAAUGGUUGACAAACAAAUAAAUUUGAGUUCACCAUCUACCUGUAAGUUCAUAUCUGUAUUUUUUUUUAUUUUCUAAAUUUUUAAGUGCUAAUUCAAAAUUUGAAAAUUUGUUUACCAUCAACUACAACUUUGGAUGAACUUAGUAAACCAAGUUCACCUGCAGCAUCAACACAAACUACAAAAGAGCUUACUUUAAACACACCUUGAAAAUUAAAACUAAAAGGUAAAAUAAGUGAACUCAGUUAUAGAUGUGCUAAUUUGGAAAAACAGGUUGAAACGUUAUUAAAGCAAAUUAAUGACACUUUAUCGUUAGUAAAUAAUUUUUAUGAAGUUUGUGAUGUACAUUUACCACCUAAUUUGUCUUUAGCUGUAAAAAGUUUUGUUAAAAUGGCCACUAGAAAACCCCAAGGUUUCCGUUACCCAAAGGAACUUAAACAAUUAGCUCUCACAAUUUAUUUUUUCGGACCUCGUGCUUAUCAGUUUUUAAAAAAAUAUUUUGCAAUUACCGAGCACAAGAACAUUGCGUAGGGUUACUGAAAAAAUUGAUAUAGUACCUGGGUUAAAUGAUGUUAUCUUUGAAUCAUUAAAUUUUAAAUUAAAUAA